UUUGCAGGUACUUCUGGACCACUGGGGAAUGAAUGAGCAACCACACGUGGCCGUCGAAUCGUAUUUAGUGGGCAAUGAUUCAAUCAUGGCGUCCGUGGCUUCAUCCAGUCAGGUGAUACUGCCAGUGGCCGCUGAUUCCUCUUCAAUUGGCAGUGUUAAUACGAUGGAUGAAGUGCACUACGCCUCGACGGACUUCUACAUUGGCUUGGGUCUAGCGGUUAGCUCGUCACUAUUUAUCGGCAGUUCAUUUAUUAUCAAAAAGAAGGCACUGCUCAAGUUGGCCAGCGGUGACACGUCACAACGGGCAUCGGAAGGCGGUUAUGGGUAUCUACGGGAAUGGAUGUGGUGGAUGGGUGUUAUUACGAUGGGCAUCGGAGAAGCUUGUAAUUUUGCGGCUUAUGCAUUUGCACCGGCUUCAUUGGUUACACCGUUGGGUGCGCUUUCUGUAAUUGUGACAGCAAUUCUAUCAUCCCGAAUGCUAAACGAACGUCUAAAUCUUCUCGGCUCAAUCGGUUGUGCUCUUUGCCUCCUCGGCUCCACCGUAAUCGUAAUUCAUUCGCCGAAAGAAGAGGAAGUCGGUUCGAUGGCAGACUUGGCGCUGAAAAUGAAAGACGCGGGAUUUUUGAUCUACGUGAUACUCAUUAUUCUUGCGACGGGCUUCAUCGUUGUCUAUGUGGCUCCGCGUUACGGUCAUUCGAAUAUUUUAGUGUACAUUUCUGUGUGCUCACUCAUUGGAUCAUUAUCAGUUCUUUCGGUUAAAGGCUUGGGCCUUGCUAUUAAGGAAACCCUUGCCGGCAACCAACAAUUCACCAACUGGCUCACCUAUUUUUGGCUGGCGUCAGUGGCGAUGUGUGUCUCGGUACAGUUGAUUUAUCUCAACAAAGCUCUGGAUAUCUUUAAUACUUCAAUGGUGACACCGAUUUAUUACGUCUUCUUCACCACAUUCGUCAUUCUUGCCUCAUCGAUUCUGUAUAAGGAGUGGUCUUGUCUCGGAGCAUCUGAUGUUAUUGGAAAUUUUGUCGGCUUUUUGACGACUAUUAUCGGCAUUUUCCAGAUGCAACUGUUCCGCGACGUGAACAUCUCCCUGUACCAAGUGCAGCGCCUCGUCUCCCGGCCGUCUGCCACGUUGGCAAAUGCGGACUUUUCGUCGUCGUCGACGAAUCUGGUGGAUGAUUACUGUAUGCGGCAGUCGAAUAGCAAUCGUCGAAUGGUUUAUACUUAAUAUGGAAUAUGCUGCAAAAAAUCGAUAUUGAUUAUUGAUUGAUUUUAUUCGAAACAAAAAUUUUUUUUCUCAUUUUUUCAAUUUUUUUUUUGACUUCCAAUUUUUGAGUACGUGUAGGGGGACUAUUUUGCAACAAAAAAAAUGUCCCCCGAUCCUCACCCAGUUUUUGUUCUUUUUUUCCUCCCAUGGCUCAAAAUUUCUCAGAAUAUCCAAUUCUCACUUACCACAAUCACCCGCCCGCCCACACAUCCGAAAUGUUACAGGUUUCUUUCUUUCCCAAUUUUUUCCGGAAUUUUAAGCUCCAAUUACUGAUGGUAUCCCCCUCCCUGUAUCCGCCUACACACAGACAUGUUUUUUUUGUAAAAAAUUUAAAGGUAGUAUCAAUAUAGAGAGAAAUUUAUUUUUAAUAAACAAUUUUUCUAUA